AUGGCGACAGGCAUCACCACAGUCUCUGAAAGCAGAGACCUUCGCGGUCUGAGCCUCAUAGCUGCCCAUUCACACAUUCGCGGUCUUGGAGUAGACGAUGAUACACUUACUCCUCGAGCGUCCUCACAAGGCCUUGUGGGUCAAGAACGAGCGCGAAAAGCGGCUGCCGUCAUACUGCAAAUGGUCAAAGAUGGAAAAAUUGCAGGCAGAGCAGUUCUCAUUGCUGGACCACCCAGUACAGGAAAGACAGCCAUAGCCAUGGGUAUGGCGCAAUCACUGGGUGCCGAUGUGCCAUUCACUAUACUCGCGUCGUCGGAGAUUUUCUCCCUAGAAAUGUCAAAGACAGAGGCUUUAACGCAAGCUUUUAGAAAGUCAAUAGGAGUGAGGAUAAAGGAGGAGAGUGAGAUGAUAGAGGGAGAGGUUGUGGAAAUUCAAAUCGACCGAAGCGUCACAGGGGGCAACAAACAAGGCAAGCUCACAAUCAAAACUACUGACAUGGAGACUAUAUAUGACAUGGGUACGAAGAUGAUAGACUCCAUGUCAAAAGAGCGUGUGAUGGCCGGCGAUGUCAUUUCAAUAGACAAAUCGUCAGGCAAGAUCACCAAAUUGGGCCGCUCUUACACGAGGUCAAGAGACUAUGAUGCGAUGGGCGCAGAUACUAAAUUUGUACAAUGCCCCGACGGCGAGCUCCAAAAGCGCAAGGAGGUUGUGCACACUGUCAGUCUUCAUGAGAUAGAUGUCAUUAAUUCUCGAACGCAAGGCUUUCUCGCUCUCUUCUCCGGCGACACCGGCGAGAUACGAAGCGAAGUUCGGGAUCAAAUCAACACCAAGGUGGGUGAGUGGAAGGAAGAGGGGAAAGCCGAAAUCGUCCCCGGUGUUCUCUUCAUUGACGAAGUACACAUGCUGGACAUCGAAUGCUUCUCAUACAUAAACCGCGCCUUAGAGCACGAGCUUGCCCCAAUCGUCAUAAUGGCCAGCAACCGGGGGAACUCGAGAAUACGCGGAACCAAUUACAGAUCUCCUCACGGGCUGCCUUUGGACUUUCUUGACCGCGUUGUAAUAGUCAGUACCCAAGCAUAUGGCGCGGAUGAGCUGCGGCAAAUCCUGGCCAUAAGAGCGCAGGAGGAGGAGGUCGAAAUCACAACCAAUGCCUUGGAAUUACUAACGAAAACUGCAUCCGAGACGGGUCUACGGUAUGCAAGCAACUUAAUCACAACAUCAGCCUUGAUUGCACAGAAACGCAGAAGUAAAGACGUCGAUACGCAAGAUGUCGAGCGGAGUUACCGUCUAUUUUACGAUCCAAAACGGAGUGUAGCAUUCGUAAGUGAGUUUGAAAAGAGGUUCAUUGGCGACGAAGGUAGCGUGCAGUUCGCAAUCGUUAACGGUGAUGCUAUGGAGGUGUCGUAA